GUCUGCUACAUUCACACUCAUGUCAGUAAACAUUUUACCGGGAAUUUAUUAACCUAUAAUUUAAAAAAAUAUAUCAUGUCUGAUAUAUUUUAUAAAUAUUUAUGAUAAACAAAAUAAAAAAAAAUGUGUGAAUUUGUGAAUGAAAAAUUUUUUACCAAUGGAUCCAGAUUUCGUUCGUGCUAUUUUACGUAGCAGUGGUAAAUUCAUAGAAACAGUUAAAAAUAAUGAAGAAUUAGAUGAAUUAGUUGAAAAAGUACCUGCUGUUGAUUCACGAACAGUUACUGCACUUUCAAAAUCUCUAGCUGAUGCUAUUUCUUAUAAAAUUUCACCUGAAGCUCAUCUUAAAUAUUCAGUUCGUCUCCAAUUAAUCGGAAUUCUUCGGGGAUGGAUUAGUCCACCCCUUGGACUGUCAAAUCAUCGGACAUUCUGUCAAAGUGAUAAAAUCCAAGAGCUUUGCAAGACCGUCAUAAAUAAAUAUUUAUUAAAAAAAAAAGUAUGCGAUGAAAAUGUAUCAGCAGAUCAAUUAAUUAUAUUAAUAAGAGCAUUAAUUAAUGUCACAAGUAUUAAUCCAGUUUAUGGCGCGUAUUUAAAACUUGUCAUUGACAAAAUAACCGAACUAGAAGUCUCAUCAAAUUACAAACUCGUUAAAUUUAUUUUGGAUAACGAAAAAGAAAUAGAAUUAGAAGCUUCCGUUAUUGAUAAAUUUUAUGUCUGUCAAUCGGAGAAAAUUAUUGAAGAACCGAUAAUUGAUUGUUUUAUUUCAAAUAUUAAUUGUCAGAGCUCGUACUCCACAACAGAUAAAUUUGAUAAGUUGAUAAACAAGACUGCGUUUUCACAAAAAAUUUUUAUAGUCAUAAGUAAUUUAUUAGGUAAACUUUUCAUACGCUUAGAAUUUUCACCAUUAGUACUAUCAUUUAUAGAAUAUAUUUUAAAUAAAAUAAUCGCGAUACGUGAUAAUGAAGAAAAUAAUUUACUAAGUUUAUAUCCGGUAGAUUUACAAUCUUAUGUUGUUCUUUUGAGAAUAGAUCCGUGUCACUGUUCAGUUAAUUCUAAAAAAUAUUUAUUGCAAUGCUUGAAAAAUAUUUUUACCGAAGAUAAAGAUAAAGUUCUAGUACUAAUUACCCACUUUCCUAAGUGGCUGAAUGAAUUAUCAUUAUUUUUAAACGAAUCGUAAAUAACUAUAGAAUAAAUAAUAAUUUAUUAUGAGGGUAAUGUAGCUGACACUUGAGAAUUUAGAAAAUAUUUUAAUAAAUAAAUAAAAUGUAAGUAGAAUAGAAAUUUAAAAAUUCGUAUUUAAAUAAUUUAAAAAUUACGCGCGCUUUUUUAAAUUUCAUUAUUUAUUUAAAAUAUGUAAAUUCUCUCAAAUCUGCUACACAGAAAAAAAGUUUUCAUUACGAGAUAAAAAAAAAAAUUUCUUAGGACGAGAAAAAUUUUUUUUUCUGCGUACAUGAGUUAUAUAUUAUAUCAGUAUCGUAAAUAUAAGAAACAAUUGUCUAAAACCAUUGAAUCUGCCUUUUAUUUCACCCAAAAAUUUUUUUUUUAAAUACAUUUAUUUAUUUUUUUUUAUUUGAAUUUAAUUUAAUUAUUAUGCAAUAACGCUCUCUCAUGUACUUAAUUAAAUGUGCAAUUACCAUAAAGAAUUAUAAUAAUAAAAGACAUGAGAAUUUACACUAAAAAUUAUUAUUUUGUUAAAUAUAUUUUUCACUUUUCAUAUUUAUUAUAUUUAUGUAAACAACAGUUCAGGCCUGUAGCUACCAUCGCCAUAAUGUAAUUACUGUAAUUUCAACCAUGUGCUAUAAUUAUUUAUUAAUUAAAUUAAAUAAAUUAUAGCGUAAUUAUUAUAAUUUAUUUUUUUUUUUUUUUUAAUAUUAUUAAAUAUUUUUAACUUUAACUCGUACUAAUGCUACAAAUUAAAUCAAUAAUAAUUUUUUUUACAUAUAUAAUAUGCAUAGAUUAAAUUAAUUAAUUAAAUUUAAUAAUAUUUCGAGUUAAUAAAUUGUAUGACGUUUAUAAUUGAACUCGUCGCAACGAGUGUAAUUUAAAAUAAAUUUUUCUUUAUUUUAAAUCGGGCAUUUAUUUUGAAUUAAUAACAUGGCAGUGAUUUGCUUCACUUGUCUACAUUCCACAUGUUCCUUGCGCAUGUAAUUAGUUUUUUUAAUCAACCCGACAUAUUUUAAUUGUUAAUCCAUUAAUCCAAAAAUUAAUUCUUACCAAACGUUCAUAUAUAUUAUAUAUAUAUAUAUUUCUUUAAAUGUAAUGACACAUUGCUGUACAGAAAUAAAGGAUUUCUUGGCGCAAGAAAUAUUUUUCAUUUUGAACCGAUGACCAAAAUUUUUUUAUACAGAAAAACAAUUUAUUGGCGCGAAAAAAUUUUUCGCGCCCUAAGAAAAUUUUCACUUACCCUCAGAAAUUUUUCAAAUUAUGAAUUAAAAAUAAAAAUUUUCUUGGGACGAGUACAAAUUUUUUACUCUAAGAAAUCCUUUUUUCUGUAUGUGCAAUUUAUUUAAUUAAAUAAUUUGACGAUUGUAUUCAAUUUAAAUAAUUAAAUAAAUUUAAUGUUGUUUUUAAAAAUUAAUAUUUAAAUAUUCAAAGAAAUAAAAAGUUGUAAGAAUUUAAUUUAUUUCAAUAAAAUAAUUUUAGACAAAAAUAAAAAAAAAGAGGAAUUUAAUUAAACGGAAAAUUUUUAUCAUAUUAAAAUUAAUUAAAAAUUCUUCUUUGCUAAUAAUGAGAAAGAUAAUAGACAAGCAAAAGAGUUAUAAAAUAAAAUGCUGUUUUUUUUUUGGAAAAUGUCUUGUGUCUUACCUACAUAACUGAGGCAAUUUAAAGUAUAUUUAAAUAUAUAUAUAAUUUUUUCAGUGAAUUUUUUUUCUAUUCAACUUAAAAACAGUAAAAUAUUUUUGUAAAGUUUUCAAGUGCCAAGAUAACAUUAUUAAUUUUUCUCUUACGUACUAGCGUUUACUAUAUCAACCAUGCAGUUGUAAAAUAUAAAUAAUAAUAAUAAUUAACUAAUUAAUUAAUUAUAAUUACUGAGAGAAAGAAAAAUGUGAUUAUGUGUAUAUUUAAUAUGAAAGUAUUGUUUAAAUAAAAUAAAUACUUUCAUAGAAUAUAUACUCACAAAAACGUACAUUUUUAUUUAAUAAUUCAAAGUAUUCCAUUAAAUUUGUAAUAUAUUUAACAUUAACUUGGAUUUUACAUAAAUUAUAUAAGAAAAAAAUGAGUGCAUAUCGACUAAAAAUUAGAAAUUUUUAAAAAACAUCAGCAAUUAAAAAAAAAAAUAUCUAUAAUAAUAAAGUAAAAAAUAAUCAGCUUGUGACUGCAAAUAUAAUUAAGGAUCAAUUCACUCAGGACUAGAAGAGUAGAAUUUAAAAAAAAAAGAAGCAGAUCACGGUAAUAUAAAUUAUACUUAAAAGUGAUUAAUUAAUUAAUUAAUUAAAGAUAACUUUGUAAUAAUAAUAAUUAUUAAUAUCUAUAAUUAGUUGAUUAAUUAAUUAAUAACAAUAAUAAAUUGUAAUAUAAUUAAUGACAAUAGAUAAUAAUUAUAAAUCGCAGAGUACUCGUGGAAUUCAUACAGCAAAAAAAGUAGGCGAUGAGACCCAACGCAUCAAUAAAUACAGUAAUUAAUAAAACUAAUUAAUUUUUUUUUAAUAAGCACGCGUGAGGUUGAAAUUACUUUUAAGGUAAAUAUUUUUUUUUUUUUUAAUUCAAUAUCAAAAAACAGUAAGUGCUUUUUUUUUAAUUAACAAUCGACGGCUCUCGUAUUUGUUUAUUUUUUUUAUUUUUGUUAAUUAUUAUUUUUUUUUUUUUAAAUUUAUAUAUAUAUAAUUUCAAUACAUGUUUCUUUUAUUAUAUUACACAUUAUUAAAUAGAUAAUUGUACACGCAGAAUUAUUUCGUUGGCGACAGUAGCAGUAAUUUUUUUUUUUUUAAGGAAUACAGUAAAGAGAAAAAUGUUUUUUUUUUUUUUAAAUUUUUUUUAUGAGAAUAAUUAAUUAAAUCCCACGCGUGUGAAAAAAGAUACUAUGUAAUAUUAUAAUAAAUUUACUUUUUAAUCAGCUAAUUUCAUUCACAUGAAGUUUUUUUUUAACGUUUAAUUAAAUUGAUUAAUAACGGAUACGGUUGUGAAUUACAACCAUUACAACAUUAUGUAAAACAGCCAACGAAACAUCGAGCAUUAAUUUCAAUAUUUUAAUUAUUAUUCAUUUACUUUUCUAAAUUUUUAUUUAUUUACCUAACGAUCGUUUCAAUUUUCGUUAUAUUUUUUUUUUUCAAAACUAAAAUGACAAUAAAUAAAGAUAAUUAAUUAAAUAUAAAUUGUAUUUAUUUAUUUUUUAAAUUGUAAUAAUUAGUGAGUCGUCACAAUAAAUUUGAAAUAUUUUUAUUUUAAUAAUUUUUUUUUUGUAUUUUUUCUAGACACGAUUCAACAUAUAGAAAGUUUAUCGUUACUUUAAAUAAAUGUUUAUUUAUUUAUUUAUAAUUUAUUAUUUAAUAAUAAUUAUUUAUCUUAAAGCUGUCUAAGAACUCGCUGCGUGGCAGGAGUGUCGUGUAUUUAUAAUUUUUCAAAUCUUUAAGAUUUGUUAUUUAUUUAAAAUAAUAAUUUUUUAUUUUAUUUAAUUAAUUAAUAUAGACUUUUUUUUUAAUAGUCAUGUGUAAAAAAAAAUUCGUUACAAAAACGUUUCUGGCUGAACUUUCAAAAUUGAAAACUCUGAACUUUGAGUUGAAAAUUUUUGAAACUUUAAAAUAAUUAGAAGUGUGAAAAAUUUUCUACUAGUCUGUACUUUUUUUUUCUUUUACUGUAAAUUUUUUAAGAAAAAAUAAUUUGAAUUAUAAAAUUUUGAGUUUAUAGUUAAUUCCAAUGCUUCAUUUUUUUGACUAUUUUUGAAGAAUUCAAAAAAAAACAGAGCUUCUUGAGAAGUUCUAAUAAAAGCCACAAAAUUUUUUUUUUGCCUCAUACGUGAAUAAUUUUGGUAAGAGUCAAAAACUUCUACAAGUCUUAAUGAUUUUCUUUUUAAUUUCAAUGUUCAUCAAACCCAAAAAAUUAUUUUAACUCAAAAAAUAAAAAAAAUGCAUAAGAAAAGUCUACAUCACUUGAAAAUUUUUUCAAAGUUCCAAAAAUCCUCAAAUUAAAAUUAAGAAUUUUCUCAAUUUUAUAAGUUCACUCAUGAAAGUUUUUGGCGCGAAUUUUUUUAUCCACAUGUCGAGUCUGAUUUACGCAGUAAACUUUCUUAAGCCCUUUUUAUUUUAUUAAAAUUAACAUUAAAGGUACGUCUGUAGUAAUUUACCCGUGUGCUAGUACGUGUUACAAUUAUACUCGCGUACAUUUAUACUGUUAAUAAUAAAUAUAUAUAACAGGGCUAAACAUAAGUGUAGGUACGUAUAUUCUAGACGCAAUUACGUGUAAUUGUGUAAUAAUAAUAAUUAAUAAUUAUCGUGUAAUCAGCGAGAUCCCUAGACCGCGUGUGUGUGUAAUUGUGUGUCGCUCGGUGUUUUUUUUCUUUGUAAAUUAAUUAAUUAAUUGUUAUUUUUUUAAUUCAUUUAUCAUUUAUUAUUAGUAAUAACAUAUAUAUAUUUAUAUUUAUAUAUUUAUAUACCUUAAAUAUUUACUACUUGUUGAUGUUUUAUUUUCUUUUAUUUUUGUAAUUUAUAUAGAUCACAAUGUGUCAUACCAUCUGCGCCAGUAAACAAUUUUUUCAUAUUUAUUAUCUCUAUACCAUUUUUUAAUAUCUCGCGUUAUUUAUCCUUACAUAUUUCCUUUCUAUUUUAUAACUCUCGAGCGUCUCUCGGCUUUAUUAUAUAUUUUAUUUUUCCAUAUAUUUUUUUAUUAUUUUGAAUAUAUUUUUAUUUUGAUCCAAUUAUUAUAUUUAUAUUUAUUUAUUUAAAAUGUAGAGCCGGGAAUGUAAAAUAAAACCCGGGUUAUUUAUUUUAUAUUUAUAUAUAUAUAUAAUAGCUGGAAAUUUUAAUAGAUAAGAGAUAAUGAGCUGGAUUAUUCUUAAAAACAAAUAAACAGGCUCAUUUAUUAAUUUAUAAUUAUUAUUAUUCGUUAAUAUAGGACAUUUAUUUAAUUAUUUUGUUUGUUUGUUCAGAGCCCGGAAGGAAUAAUUUUAAAUUCCACUUUUUUUUAUAUAUAUAUUUAUAAUUAUUUUUGUUCUCGUAAAGCCUAUACACGCGUAAUUAAACUUUUAUUUUAUUUUUUUCUACUGAGAUUUAAUAAUUAUUGAAUAACUAUAUAUACUAGAUAAAUUCAGACCAGCCGAAAUUGUUGAUUUAGAAAAAAAAUAAUUUUUAAAAUUGAAUAUCUAAUUGGAAUAGGCAAUAUAAUUGAACAUCACUAAAAUAUAAAUAAUUUCAUUUUUUUUUUAUCGUCUGUUUUUUUUUUUUUUAAUUAUAAUAAUAAUUAAUAUUUAUCUUGAUUUUAUUUAAAGUGACACGAGGUGUUGAGACGCAUGACUCUAGGUCUGUCUCAUUAAUUAAAUAGCACUUUUUUUUUCUUUACUUUUUUUUUUUUAAUUAUGCAUUACAAUCACCUCUAGCUAUUCAAUAUAAUGAUUAUAUUCCGCACCAGCGCGAAAUACAGUAACGCGUUAUUCCAUUUUAAAUAGAAGAUAAACGCAAAUACAUAUUUAUUAUAAUUAUUAUUUUUUUUUUCAAUUGUAUUAUUGAAAUUGAUAUUAGCACAGCGUUGCAGAAUGAAAGCGUAUCAAGAUUCACGGGCUUGGGAAAUAAACUCGAACUCGUGUGUGUUAAAUGUGUAACACAUAUAUGUAUAUAUAAAUAUAUACUUCACGAUCUAAAUAUAUUAUUUAUUAUGCAUUAUAACUCGUGUGUUUUAAUGUAUCUUGCCAUUAUCAUUAUUUCCCUACGUCGCUUCCUACGCCAACAAAAAAGGACCCAAUUGACUGCACAUUUUAUAACUGUUUUUUUUUUAUAAUUAAAUUUAAAUAUUUAUUCAUCAUUUUUAAACACUCAAUAAUUUUUUAUAUUUAAUUAUUUGUGCAGGCGGUUGAGUCCCAUGGACACUGGCAUUUUAUUACAAUUAUACAGACAUAUUUAUAUAUAUUUAGAAUUUCUAUAUAAAUAUCUAUUAUGCAUUUUGUAUAUUACAUGCCUAAGAUGCAGUGAUAUUUUUUUUUAAUCGGCCGUCGCUCAAUUAUAAUUAAUUACGCGAACUGCGUAAUUUAAAUUUCAUAUAUCUAGUACUGGAUACAUUUUAUAUUACUCAAAAUAUUUUAAAUUAAUUUAAUUUUUUUGUAUCCAAUACAA